UUCUUCCCCCCCCCCAAGAACAACAACACCACGCAGCUGUGUUAGCCUCGGUAGUGGUGUGCUGACUUGUGCCUGACAGGUUGACAUUUGUAAUCUUGAAACACCAUAGAUAUCCCAGCAGGGCACAGGGCAACAAACGAGAAUGUGACACGCUGACCUACCCAUUGCCAACAGUCUAAGGCAGGAUUCACUAAACAGUAUCCUAAACUGAAACGACCGAUAAGUAUAUGGAUUUAGAUUAGAUUAGGUUAGGAAUGUAUAGAUUGUCGUAGUUUGAUGACAGUUUAACAAUAGCGUAGUGAUAAAUAAUAUUGUAGGUGAAGUAUAGGAACAAAAUAAUAAACAGUAACUGUGUGUCAUUGAAAAAGAAGCAAGAAUAGAGAACCAAAGAAGCAAGAAUAGAGAACCAAAGAGUACAAAGUGAUAGAAGCUACAGGAAAACAAUCAGAACAUCCUUGAUUCCUUGGUGCCAAAGGAAACAUCAUGGCUCCUGCUAAUAUUGGUCCCCUGAAGAACAUACUACAAAACACUGUUGAUAACCUUCUGUUAGCCGAGAAAGAAAUUGAAGGAAAAUGUGGGCACCAUGCAGCUGAUGGAUUUAAUCUUGGUCAAUUUUGGACUGAUAUGAAUACAGUAGCAGAGAAACUUUCCUUUGACUGCACAAAAAUCUGCAUAUGUUUUGGAAAGUCUCCUGUUCCCACUCCCAGUGAAACUUCAAGUCUCCUGACUUGUGUGGAGCAAGCCGUGUUGGCUUUAGUCUCGGUGUUUCACAAGCUUCCUCUCACAAUGGGAAUCACCCUUCACACUCAUGUCCAGUAUGAAGUUGUGAAAGCAAUUCAAGCAGUUAAGAACCUUUUGAAAGUUAUUAAAGAAGAAGGAGCUGAAGCAGUAUGUCGAUAUUCCACUGGUGUAGUUUGGGAAGGAUGUCAAUACCUAGAAAAUGCUUGCCUGGAUAACAAGUCAGCUGUUUUAUUGGGAAUGAAAUCACACAACAGCAUGGUAGCAGAUGCCUUCAGAGAGAUUUCAGAGGCAUUGGAGGGGGAUGGAGGUGGCUGGAACUGUUUGAUUGAUGGAAGUGAGGAGAUGGAAGACACUGACAAGUGGACAGAUGAAGACAAAGAUCUUAUUGGUCCUUCAGUCAACCUCAUCAAAGCAGCUAAAAUUCUGUAUAAACGCUUGAUGGCUGCCAUUGAGAAGAAUGGUUCGUGCAAUUCAGUUGACAUGGUUAAGGAGCUUGACCAGCUUUAUGAAGAGUGUGGCUUGAUUAGUAGCCAAGUGGAUGCAUUGGUACAAGAUCUUUACCCUCCACUCUCUGUGUCAAGUAUGGAAGAACAGUCCCACCAACUGGCCAACAGACUUCAUACAGUUCUCAAGACUUGUGUCCAGAGUCAUGUCAUAGGGGAAACUGAACAAUCUCAUAUAGAGUUCAUCCAGAAGGCUAUUGAUCAUAAUAUGGACUGCAUGAGGGAAAAACUAAGCAAAAGAUAAAGUACUUUUCCAUUUUGUAACUCUUGGAUUAGCAGGAAGCUCACAUGCAUCCUGAAGACUUGUGCUGCUGUUAAGGGUGAGAGAGGUUGGUAGUAGGGAGAAGAAAACAUUUUUCUCUCAAAUAAUUAAACUUAUUGUAUCCCUAAUAAGUAAAUAAAACUACCUUGAUUAGUUUGCAUAAACUAUA